GCGUACAGAACAUGUAAUAUUAGGAGUAUGGCGUCAGCUGAAUUCUGUGUCACGGCGAUAGGAUAAAAUUAAUUGAUUACACGCUUAUUAUUCAUAGUUGUUCACUUCAAAAGAUUAAUGUUUAUAUUUCUUUAAUAUUCUAAUGAAACAGAUAAUCUAAAAUGCAUAAACGAAGAAGAACAUCGUCUGUGGCAAGUAGGGGAACAGAAGAUGAUCCUGAAGAUGUUCAACCGGAGCCGACAAAAAGACGAAAAAAAUUAGAUCCUAGUGAUUUGUGCCAACAGUUAUAUGAUAUCAUAAGAAAUCAAAAAAAGGAAGAUGGAACUCUGCUUUGUGAUGCUUUCAUCAGAGUGCCAAAGAGAAGACAAGAGCCAGGAUAUUAUGCAGUAGUUUCUAAUCCAAUAGAUCUACUUAAAGUUCAACAAAAAUUAAAAACUGAUGAGUAUCGUGAUAUGGAAGAUUUAGCCGCUGAUAUUCAGUUAAUGGUGAAUAAUGCAAAGGCAUUUUAUAUGCGCACUUCUCCAGAGUACAAAGAUGCUACGGAUUUAUGGGAAUUAUGUGUGAACACAAAAAAUCGAAUUAUGGAUGAGUAUGAAGAAACAGAACCAAAAGGAAAAAUAAUUUUGAAAGUUGGUAGAUUUCCUAGAAAAGUUAAUGUAAAACAAGACGAUGCCGAAGAUACAUCUGAAAGUUCUACGAAUCCAGAUGAUGAAUUUAUGCAACCAUUUGAAGAGCUUUUUGCAGCAGUUAUGAAUGCAACUGAUCCACUCGAUAGUUCGCGACCUUUACAUUUAGAAUUUCAACUGCGACCAUCGAAAAAACUUUAUCCAGAGUAUUAUGAUAUUAUUGAAAAUCCUAUUGAUUUAAAGACAAUCGCUCGAAAAAUUCAGGACAAUGUUUACCUAUGUUUAGGUGAUAUGGAAAGAGAUCUGAUGCUGAUGUGCCGAAAUGCUUGUCAGUUUAACGAAACAGGAUCUACAAUUUAUAAGGAUGCUAAAAUGCUGAAAAAAAUUAUUACUUCAGCUGCCCGAAAACAAGAUAAUUCAUCAAGUAGUAUUUUUUCAAAAAUAACGACAGUCCCAUCGACAAGAAGUAGUAAAAGAGGAAAUCGUAGUUUUUCUCAAUCAUUAAUAGCACAAAUUGCUAAUUUACGUAGUGAAGAUGACAGUGAUGACGAUGAUGAUGAAACAACUGAGUCCGAAGAAACGGAUAAUGCUCAAUGGCAAUUAUUUCAAACAAUAAGAACUGCUUCAAACAGUCAAGGUGUGCGAAUGAGUGAAUUUUUUUGGAAACUACCGUCCAAAAGAAAUUAUCCUGAUUAUUAUAAAAUGAUUAAGAAUCCAAUAUCUCUAUCACAAAUUAGGUCGAAAAUUAAGAAAGGAGAAUAUGGAACUGUCAGUGAAGUUGCUGGUGAUAUGAAUAUCAUGUUUGAAAAUGCUAAAAAGUACAACGUACAUACUUCCCGUUUAUAUAAGUGUGCUGUUAAAUUACAAAAAAUUAUGCAAGAAAAGGUACAAGAGCUUUUAGAAUUUGAUCAAGACUCUGAUUCGGACUGUGAAUCAGAAUCUAAUUCACAGCCUAAAUUAAUAAAGCGUGCCUCUAAUAUUCUAACUCGUGGAAAAUAUAAAGACAAUAUUCCUUUAAAGAAAAGAUUACACGCAUUAGUUAAAUGCGUCAUAGAAUACGUGUGUGAAGACGGUCGUCAGCCAAUGUUGAUGUUCAUGGAAAAACCGUCAAAGAAAAUCUACCCAGAUUAUUAUCAAGUAAUUAAAGAGCCUAUUGAUAUGCUUGCAAUAGAAGCAAAUAUAAAAGCUGAAAAAUAUCAAAAUGAAAAUGAACUCAUCCAAGAUUUUAAAUUGAUGUUCAACAAUUGUCGGCAGUAUAAUGAAGAAGGUUCAUUAAUCUAUGAAGAUGCCAAUACAUUGGAGAGAGUAUUAAUGGAUAAAGUAAGAGAAUUAGGUCCAUUACCUGAUGGAAGAGCGAUCAAAUCCACAGGAUCUACGCCUACGAGAAAUGUUGGAAGACCAAAGAAAGUAGUUCCACUUCAUUUACAAAAACUGCGGACCAUGUAUGAUACGAUUAAAGAUUACCAUGACUCUAAAGGAAGACAAUUGUCUUUCAUAUUUAUGAAAUUACCCAACAAAAAUGAAUACCCUGAUUAUUAUGAAGUUAUAAAACAACCAAUGAAUAUGGAAAAAAUUGCAUCGACUUUAAAAAAUAAUGGAUAUGAAACUUUAGAUGAACUAGUGUCGGAUUUUAUAUUAAUGUUUGACAAUGCCUGCAAGUACAACGAGCCUGAUUCUCAAAUAUAUAAAGACGCCUUAAUUCUACAACGAUUGGUGCUACAAACAAAACUUCAACUGAGUGAAGAUGAGGAAAGUGUCAUAGAUGUACCUGCAGCAGUCCAAGAAAUAAUGGCAACUAUUUUUACCGCUUUAUAUAAUCAUCAAGAUGAAGAAGGUAGAUGUUAUUCAGAUUCAAUGGCAGAAUUGCCAGAGCAUGAUAUUGUUGAUGGAAAAAAGGUGAGAGGUUUAUCAUUGGAUUUAAUAAAACGCCGAUUAGAUCGAGGAGUUUACAAGCGACUUGAUAGAUUCCAAGAAGACGUUUUUUCAUGUUUAGAAAGAGCUCGAAGAUUAUCAAGAACAGAUUCUCAACCAUUUGAAGACAGUGUGGAACUUCAAGCAUUUUUCUUACGAACUAGAGACGAAGUAACUAGAAAUGGUGAUCUUUUACAUUCUCCUGCUCUCAGUUACACCCUUUUAGAUUUAUCAACUCAAGUAGCUGAAUUAAAACGUGUCAAGCUUCAACAAGAAUCCAGUCUUUCACCCGAAGAAGAAAGUUGUGAUGGAAAUGAAACCAAAGAAUCUGAAUCAAGCCCUGUUACGAGUGGAAAUGGUAAUGAAAACGGUGGUUCAAUGAGUUUUAAUCAAGAGCUUUACAGAGCUGGGGAUUUUGCUUAUAUUGAACCUUCUGAAAGAGGUAUGGAAUACGGUGUCGUAUUAAUUGAACGAUUAUGGACAAAUUCUGAAGGUCAACAAAUGCUCUAUGGUAACUUAUUCUACCGCCCAAGUGAAACUUAUCACAUAGCAUCGCGAAAAUUUCUUGACAAAGAACUUUUCAAAAGUGAUGUUCAUAUUGCUGUGCCUUUGUCAAAAGUUGCCGGAAGGUGUUGUGUUUUGAGUGUAAAAGAUUACUUUAGAAUGCAGCCUGAAGGAUUUCCUGACAAAGACGUAUAUGUCUGUGAAUCACGUUACUCAACUAAAGCUCGUUCUUUCAAAAAAAUUCGAGUAUGGAACUUUGAUCCAGAUCAUUUGAAACUAGUCCCAAGAGAGAAAGUAUUGGAACCUAAACGAAUCAUUUCUGUUUAUAAAGAGCGAUUGGAAAAGCACAAAGAAGAAAUAGCGGAGCUAGAAGAGUGUGAAAAAGCAGCAGAAAAAGAAAGACCGAAUAUAGUACUUUAUAAUGUUGAUGAUACUGAUAAUACAUAUUAUGAACAGUACAAUACUUGUAGUGGACCUGUAAAAACUGGAGAUUUUGUCUAUGUAGCUACCGAUGGAGGUAGACAACAAAUAGCACAAGUAGAUUCUAUUUGGUCUACGAAAGAUGGAAAAACUUACUUUAAAGGACCUUGGCUCCUUACACCAUCAGAAAUCCCCCAUACCCCCAAUAAAUUAUUUUAUAAACAGGAAUUAUUCCUUUCUGUAGUCGACGCCACUCAUCCAGUUGUUGCCAUAGUCGGUAGAUGUGCAGUUUUAGAAUAUGCAGAAUAUAUUUGUGGUCGACCAACGGAAAUACCAGAAGAUGAUGUUUUUAUUUGUGAGUCAAUUUACGACGAAACAAAAAAUUUUAUUAAAAAAUUACCAACAGACGGAUUAAAAAAAUGUGGUCAUUCAGCAGGAGUAACUCAAGAUGAAAUAUACUUCUUCCGGAAGCCUUUAAAUCCAACAAAAGUUUCAAAUGAUGUGACGCAGACACAAUUACCAGUCAAAUCCAUUUCAUCAAAUACUCAAUUUGAAAUGGAUGCAUCACCAUUACUACAGAAGCUGGACCCUGAUGUACUAAGCAUGGGAGUGGGAUUAGGAGUAGGGGAGGACAGCAUGGAUGCAGGUGGACCACCGUCCGUGGGAUCCACUGAAGCUCAACCGGUGCUCUCCAAUGCCCAAACGCCCGUUUCUACUAAAAAGAAAUCUACGGGUAAGAAAUUAGUUACGGGAUAUAUUUUAUAUGCGGGUAAAAUGCGAACGCUGAUUACACAAAACAAUCCUGAAUCGACAUUUGGAGAGAUUAGCCGAAUUGUUGGCAAUGAGUGGAGAAAAUUGCCAGCAUGUGAAAAACAAGUGUGGGAAGAGAAAGCAAUAAAAAUGAAUCUAACUGAAGGAGGUGAUACUAAGUUAGUCUUUGGAUCGACUAUUGGUCCUCCAGAUCAAGUAUUCGAGUGUUGUUGGGACAACUGUGAUUGGCAAUUUGAAGAUAUGACAGAUUGUAUUGAUCAUUGUAUUGCUGAGCAAACUGGACAUGUGCAAUUAUCUUUUGUUAAUGCUACACCCGAUACCGAGUUCCAAUGCCAGUGGAGAGGUUGUGGUAGAACGAAAAAAAAUGUGCCUCCAUUUCCCAGUGUACAAAGGCUGGCGAGGCACGUAAAAGAGGUGCACAUCGUCAAAGGGAAUGGACGAAUUAUUCCAGCCAACGAACGGAGCAAAAAUUAUAUGCCAUCAAAGAGACCUACAGCAGCGUCUAUGGACAACGAAGCUUCAGCCACAGCAACACAAACAACAACUUUACCUUCAGUGAAACAACCAGAUCCAAUAUUCAUCGCGGUUCCUCCUCGACCAAGCCGAGUUUUACAUUCGGAUGCGUACUUAAGAUAUAUUGAAGGAUUAAAUGUAGAAAAUCGUUACAUAUCUAAUUGGGACAAACAGCUGAGUGCAACUCCAGAAAAUACGCAAAUACCGGAUGUAGCGAAAUUACCAGCAGAAUGGUUGGGUAAUGGAGUUGGUAAUCAUGGAAAUGUCGUUAAUGCCUUGUGGACACUGAGAAAUAUGAUGAUGAGGGACGUAUUAGCCAUCAAUAAAACUUUAUAGUUUAUAAAAUGUUAACGAUCUAUGUUCGUUCAUAAUUAAUGGCAUAAAUAUUAUGCUACACCUUGACAACUAA